AAAUUCCACUGAAAAGUCCAAGAUGAAAUAAUACAAGCUGCAGACUUUCGUUGGAUAUUGUAAUCGAUGCUCUGACACACACAUAACGAUAAAGUUCACCGAGACGCGCAAUCGGCUUUGCAAGAUAUAUUUACUGCAACCCCAGCUGUGACCAUCACAUGUAUCCGAGCUUAUUUUAUUGAGACAAGUAAAUUGAAAUUAUAUAUGAAUAUGAAUUAAAAAGUGCAAAACUGAUGAGGAAGCUACGUUUACAAGCGUCUGAGCAAAGCUGUUUAUUUAUCUAAACUCUCUGGCUCGAAUAAAAUGUUGCUUGCAUGAAUACAGCCAAUUUGAAUAUUCGCAAGAAGAAAGGAAGUACAUUUAGAAAAAUAGGAAUCAAAGAAGAUUGAUAAUUUCUCAGAAACACAAAGCUUCACAGCUACUAAUAACAGCUUAAUAACCUAUUGCGUAACACGCAGAGCAGCAGACAUCGGCCUAUGUGUAAAAAGCAGCAAUUUUCCAAGUUACAAACGGCAACAAAGACUUACUCAGCUGGGCUCAGCUAUCGAAAAUCAACAUACAAAAUACAAAAGCUGAACAACGGCAACAACAACAAAACAAACGAACACUCCUCUACCAUAGCGAGGAAAUGAGGACACGACCAUCAAUUAUCUGCUUAGCAUCAGGUGUAAGGGAUAAAAGUAAACCGGCAAAAUAGCCGAGCAGACAUUGAUCCACAGAUAAUAGGACACUCUACAGGUUGCAGCCUGUGGGCGAGAAGCAAAAACGAAUAAAGGAGCUAAGUAAGCUGUUUCGAAAAAUUUGUUGUAGGCUGGGUGUGAAUUGGAUUAUAUUAUAAAAUAAAGCGUUUGUGUGUGUCUUUGUAUAUGGAAAGUGCCGGAAGCAUUAGAGCGUUAAGCGCCGCAAAUUAUACUCCCACAAAUGUCCAAAACUUGAAGAGCAUUAAAUGUCGAACAUGUAAAAUAUUGUCCACUUAAGGAAAUUUCGACAGCCGAUCAAAAAUCAAUUUCCACAACAAAACACGCAGCUUAACUAACAAAAAUAUAUAAACAUAUCUAACAGCCACUAGAAUAGUGACAGCAGCUCUUCAGUAGUUCCUUAGUGGCAUGUGAAUGGAGCGACCGUUGAACCGUUUGUGUUGGUGCCCGUGACUUCCUGCAAACGAUUUCAUGUUCGAAGUGCAACAAUAUCUUAAUUACCCUCUACAAAAUGACAGAUGUUUCAGCGAAGACAACAACAACAUCCCCAGCAGCAUCAGCAGCCACAUCUCCACUCGCUACGACAUCGUCGCCAAUUGGCUCACUGCCCAAUAGCAAAGUUGCCUCUAUCGAUGAGCCGGCUGCCAGCGUAAAUAAAUCCUUUACAAAUGGCGAUGGUCAUGCGCCGCCACUUAUAACCAAGACCGAGCAGCAAUUGAAGCGCAAUAACAAUGAGUCAACAGACACGGGUGCCGGCAAUAUGUCAACCACCAUGACCAGCAAUCGCUCUUCAUGCGAUUCUUCUACAGUUCAGUCACCCACAAAUGUUGGGGCAACGACGCGUAGCCGCAUGCACUCUACCGACAAUGGCGCCAUUCCAGCUACUGCGUCUAGCUCGGCGAAUAAUUCGAUUUCCGCUUGCGAUAUGACAACAUUAAUGCAUUCCUCAAAUAGUAGUGCGGCCAAUACGGCGCUUAAUUCACCGGUAAGCUGCAGCAGUCCUGCUGGGUUAUUCGUAGGAGGCGGCACGACGACGGUACCUACAGCAGGAAAUAGUAAUGGUGGCAGCAAGGUAGGCCGACGGGAGGCGACACAGCAAGAUGUGGACGAAGUUGCGCGUUUAUUUGAGGAAAAACCGGAAGCAUUCGAAAAAUGGUUGAUGGAGCGAGCGCCGCCCGAGGCAUUAGCGCGUUUGCAUGAGUUUAUUGAUUCAAGAAAGCCACCAAAGCGGCCAUCAGUGACAUCUGAUCUCUUUCAACAAUGGAUGGCAGCAUCGCCGGUGCAGAAAUCCCAAACCCGUUCCCUAUCCACUUCCUCUGGCAAUUCUCUGCUGGAUAGUCGACGUCAUCUAAUGGAAUUGGAUGAAGGUGAACUAUUCAUGGAGUUGAUUCGUGAUGUGGCCAAUGAAUUGGACAUUGAUGUGCUGUGUCAUAAAAUCCUCGUCAAUGUAGGACUGCUUACUCAUGCGGAUCGUGGCUCAUUGUUUUUGGCCAAGGGACCGCCGAAUAAUAAAUACCUGGUUGCGAAGCUCUUCGAUGUGACACAAAAGACAGCGCUCAAGGAUGCUGUUAGGAAGGCCAAGCUGGAGGAGAUACGCAUUCCAUUCGGUGUGGGCAUCGCCGGCAUGGUGGCACAAACGAAGGAGAUGAUCAACAUAAAGGAGGCUUACAAGGAUGCGCGCUUCAAUUGUGAGAUUGAUUUGAAGACUGGCUACAAAACGAAUGCGAUAUUAUCGAUGCCAAUAUGCAAUUAUGAAGGCGACGUCAUAGGUGUGGCGCAAAUUAUUAACAAAACAAAUGGUUCCAUGGAAUUUGACGAACAUGAUGUUGAAAUAUUUCGCCGUUACCUAACCUUUUGCGGCAUUGGUAUACAAAAUGCGCAACUUUUUGAGAUGUCCGUCCAGGAAUAUCGCCGUAAUCAGAUACUCUUAAGCUUGGCGCGCAAUAUUUUCGAGGAACAAAAUAAUUUGGAAUGUUUAGUGACGAAAAUUAUGACCGAGGCGCGUGAACUACUGAAAUGUGAGAGAUGUGCUGUGUUUUUGGUGGAUUUGGAUUGCUGUGAGGCGAGUCAUUUAGAGAAGAUUAUUGAGAAGCCGAAUCAACUGCAAAAUCGUCUAAAUCGUGCAAUUAAGGAUGUGGAUGAUGAGGAAAGGGAUGAUAAACAGAAGACUCGCAACCGCUUCACAGUUCUUUUCGAACUUGGUGCUUCUAAUCAAUCAGCCAACAUCUCACGACCCUCCGUCAAUGAUCUCUGCAAUUCCACUUUAGCGCAGAUAGCACAGUUUGUUGCAACUACCGCACAGACAGUAAAUAUAAGCGAUGUACACGAGUGGGUACAAGAACAUAAUCAAAUACGUACUGAGAACGAGAUUGAUGCGACUAAGGCGAUCUUGUGUAUGCCGAUUGUUAAUGCACAGAAGACGGUGAUCGGUGUGGCACAGCUGAUCAACAAGAGCACGGGUUUGCCCUUCACCGACUGUGAUGUCUCAAUUUUCGAAGCUUUCGCUAUAUUUUGUGGUCUGGGCAUUCAUAACACGCAGAUGUAUGAGAAUGCCUGUAAAUUGAUGGCCAAGCAAAAAGUGGCUUUAGAAUGUCUGUCUUAUCAUGCAACCGCGGGUGCGGAGCAGACAAUGAAGUUGGUUAAUGAUAAAAUAGAGUCCGCGGAAAAAUAUGAUCUUUAUAGUUUUAAGUUUAUUGACUUUAAUCUCUGUGAUGACGACACUUGUCGCGCCGUCUUGUGCAUGUUUCUGCAAUGUAAUCUAGUCAACCAAUUCCAAAUACCCUAUGAAGUCCUUUGCCGUUGGGUGCUGAGUGUACGCAAGAAUUACCGUCCUGUUAAAUAUCACAACUGGCGUCACGCCCUCAAUGUGGCACAGACAAUGUUCGCUAUGUUAAAGACUGGCAAAAUGGAACGUUUUAUGACUGAUUUAGAGAUCUUGGGUCUUUUGGUGGCGUGCUUAUGUCACGAUCUGGAUCAUCGUGGUACAAAUAAUGCAUUCCAAACGAAAACUGAAUCACCGUUGGCUAUUCUGUAUACGACAAGUACAAUGGAACAUCAUCAUUUCGAUCAGUGUGUGAUGAUACUGAAUUCGGAGGGCAAUAACAUAUUUCAGGCACUUUCGCCCGAAGAUUAUCGUUCUGUUAUGAAAACGGUGGAGAAUGCUAUACUCUCCACCGAUCUGGCGAUGUACUUUAAGAAGCGCAAUGCAUUUUUGGAACUCGUCGAAAAUGGUGAAUUCGAUUGGCAGAGUGAAGAGAAGAAGGAAUUGCUCUGCGGCAUGAUGAUGACGGCCUGUGAUGUGAGUGCCAUUGCCAAACCUUGGGAAGUACAACAUCGACUGGCCAAAUUGGUGGCCGACGAGUUCUUCGAUCAAGGUGAUCUCGAGAAAUUGCAGCUAAAUACACAGCCCAUCGCCAUGAUGGAUCGCGAGCGCAAGGAUGAACUGCCCAAAAUGCAAGUGGGCUUCAUAGACGUUAUUUGUUUGCCACUCUAUCGGGUACUGUGUGAUACCUUCCCUUGGAUUACGCCACUCUAUGAGGGUACUUUAGAGAAUCGACGCAAUUGGCAGGAUUUGGCUGAGAAGGUGGAAAUGGGUUUAACUUGGAUAGAUCAUGAUACAAUCGAUAAACCUGUGGAAGAAUUCGCGGGUUGUGCCGAUGAGGAGAUUAAAGACAUAGAAUUCACUGUGACAACACUGAAUUGCCACGUUCAUGGAGAUGAUGCCACCGGAACGCCGGAACAUCAACGUGGUAGCACACGUUUGAGCAUCAAGAAGACAGGUGCACUGGGUAAAGCAGUACGCUCCAAACUGACGAAGACACUCUACAACAGCAUGGAUGGCGUUAAACAGAAAUCAUCAUUUAAAUUACUCGACUCGCAUGUGAGCGAAGAUUUAGAUGAUAAAAGUCCGACAAGUCCAUCACAACCAAUGGUGACUGGACCUGGUCACAUUUCAGCUUCGUCCUCUACAUCUUCGGCGGGCACUGUCGGCACAGCCGAUAAGUCGAAGAAACGCUCCAAGUUGUGUUCGCUGUUGUGACGAAAACCUUCCAAUUAGAAUUUGGUGACCUCCAACGAGAAACAAAAUUCCGCUGGAGGGUCGACCGAUGUCUAAUUGGAGUAAACUUCAACUAAAUUAUACCGACAUGGUAAAUUUAUAAUAAAAGUAGGCCAAUAUACCAAAGAACAAAAUCAAAGUGAAGAAAAAUCAAAAUUUUGUGCAAAGUACAUACAUACAUACUCGUAUAAUGAAAACGUCAAAUAAAGUGUAAUAAGAGAUUUUUGGACGAAAUCAAAUCAUAAAAAACUUUAUGAGCUACAUUAAAGUAAUGAAAAGCCACGAAAAAAAUCAAAAUAAUAUUAAAUUAAAAUCUGAAAAUUCAAAAAUCAGUACGUUAAAUGUGAAAAAAUCCAAUUGUAUAUUUUCAUGAUGUGAUUAAUAAAAUCUAAGAUAUUAUAAAGUAGUGAUUAGAAAUUAUACUAAUGCUUACACGAUACUCAAAGUAUAACGUAGCUUGCAAAUAUAAAAACCAGACACUUUUUUCGUAUUUAUUUUUAAGCUCUGUUCGGUGAGAAAUGUUAGCAACAAUUAGCCUGUCAAAAUGUCAAAACUGCGCACUCUCAGUACAAAUUGUUACACGCUCAGAGUCAUUCAGGGGGGUUACAGAAACCGAUUGUUGUCGGAAUCAGAAAUGAAACCGACAAAAUUCGGUUGAAGGCGUUAUAUUUUCCGAUUAUAUUAUUGAUAUGUAAUCGAUUUCAUUUUCGAAACAGAAUUUGUGUCGAUUUUAGGUGUUACGGAAACCGAUUUAUCGGUUUAAAUGUCAGCAUUAAACCGAUCAGUUAUUCGUUGACAGAAUUGUGUGCAUAUUUCUUUGCAAGCGGAAAUUUAAUAAAAAUUUAAUGUUCAACAGCCUUUAGCAUUUCUGCUUGCACUUAUAUCGACUCUGGCAGCUCCAGCGGAUUAUUAUUAUCCCUUACAAUUUUGGGCUCUUCUGGAUAAUUUCGCCAAAUCCUUCUAUCAUCCAAAAUGCUAUCACUGCCGAAGUCAUUUUAUUUUUAAUAAUCACAAAUGUGUUAAUAACAAAACAAAAAUUUAAUUGAAUUGCUGGCUUUUUUGCUCAAGUGUGAUGACAGCUGA